AUGGAUCGAGACGUUAUCAUCCUCCUCAUCAUCAUCAUCAUUGCCAUCAUCAUUGCCAUCAUCAUUGCCAUCAUCAUUGCCAUCAUCAUUGCCAUCAUCAUUGCCAUCAUCAUUGCCAUCAUCAUUGCCAUCAUCAUCAAUGCUCUUCAUCUCUGUGGUCCCUACAUACCCCCUUGCCUGCCGGAACAAGAACCUAGCUCGCCCAGCCUUUGUGACGGACGAACCUUCAUGACCAACAUAGUGACUCGACUCACUCCAUCCCCAACAUAG